AAUCCAAAACCCGAAUCACACCACCUGACCCGUUUUCAGAUCCAUUUCCUGCACCUGAGAGUAGUAAACACGAUGAGCACGGAGAUGGACGACUCUUCAGAUGUGCGGCGGCGCGUGUCAUGCACUAAAUACUUCGACGCUCUCUGGUUCUGCUACUGGAUGUCUAGAUGCUCCAUCAAAACCACCAAUGGCGAUGAGACAUUACAAGCACCAUAUUACCAAAUGCAGCAGUACUACCGGGUUGGGAAACUUGAUGAUUGUACUAAGAAGUUCUCUGCUCUCUUUGAUUGUCUUUCAUUAAAGACCAAAUCUGCUUCUGAAGCCCAGAAAAUUCUGGAAGAGCAAGAGAAAGCAGAUGCAGCAAAUCAUAUCUGGAUUAUGCGGACAGAGGAAGAAGCUUCAAGACAUUGGAACGAGACCUUCGGCCAUUUGGAUGAUCCGAAUUAUUAGAAGUACAGUUUUACUUUCCCUACUGGAUUCUUGAUUUGACAUUUUUUACUUCCAAGAAACUCGAUUUCUGCUAGAGAUCUGCAGAUUUUUCUGCCGGAUAGGAAAAAAAAAAGUUUUUGUCA